CUUAUAAUGGCCACUGGGGAGUUUAGAGCAGUGCCUCUUCAAGGGUACACUGGUAUUGAUGAUGAGGAUCCUGAAGAACAGAAGAUACAGAGAAUGAGAGACAGGAAGGCGGAAGAGCAAAUGAAGAUAAAAGCUAAUCAGAAUACUCACAACAUUAUCAGCCAAAAUAACAGUAAACUGAAGAAUUAUGUGAAUCCGAAAUACAAAGGGAAAAUAAUUGCUUAUGAUAGCAAUGGUAAUAUACUUGCCUCGAACAACAAAGACUUCAAGGUCAAUGGAAAUAAGUUGCCUCAAAAAGUUCAAGGAGUAGAGUUUAAUAUUUCUGAGAGCAACCAUAACCAGAUGGAUACAAAGGGUUCAUUCUAUAAGCCCAAUGGCACAGGGUACUCUGAGAAUCUGAGAAGAGAAAAAGCCUCUAUUAGUAGUAUAAAGGAAAAUAUAUCUGAGCCUCCACAGAAUUAUAAAUUCGAAAAGGCCAAAUCUCCUUCGAUGAUGGAGAAUCAUAUUGAAUUUAAUUCAGGGUCUCAUCCUAACAAUGUUCUUGUACCAAAGAGAGGAGUGACUCUUCGAACAGGGGUUGGUGCAGGGCAGAAAUCAUAUUCUCAGCAAAUAGCAUCAUCUAGGCCUACCAAUGUCAUAGCUGGAAAUACAAAAAGAAUGUCAAGAGCUCAGUAUGCUGCAACUAUAGCUAAAGAAGGACUCCAAUUCCAAGAUAGACUGAAGAAAUUAAAAUCAGAAGCUAAAAAGGAAGAUGGAAGAUUUUAUGACAUCUCUGAGCAAACCUCUGAGAAUAUUUCUGAGAUUCCUUCUGUAAAAGCAAGGAGAAGCUCUAAUGCUAUAAAUGAUAGCUACAACCAGUUAAAAGGGAUCAGGAGGAACUCAGGGAAGAACAUCAUCAGCUCACAUACAGGUCAAACAAAAAUUAAGAAGCAGAAGAGUGGGAGUAACUUCAUUUCAGCACCAAAUAACAACCAGGUUAUUGUGAACAACAAGUAUGAUGUAUCUAAGCUCUUAUUGGCAGAUAGCUCGAUAGCCCCCACAUCUCAGCCAAUAGCCCAGCCUAAGAAGUACAGUUAUGGAUUUGGAAGGGAGAAGAUCUCCAGAAGGAUUAAAAAUGGUGGAAAAGUGAGGGUGCUCUCCCAUAAUUACCAUGGGCUGUCUUAUAAAACUCGUAUGCCUAAAGCAUGAACCUCUCUAAUUACCUGAUUAAUUGUUUUAUCAAUAUUGUUUUCCAGAGCUUCUCAUUCAGCUGGUUGCUAA